CUCCGAUACACCUCUUCCUCCACUUCUUCCUCCUCUUCUUUUUUUCCCAUCUUCCAUCCUCUCUUCCUCUCUGUCUCUAUCCAUCAGUCCUUUUUCUUUUCAGUUUAUCAUCAUGGAGAACGAGUCGCUGAUCUCUCUGGGAUGGGCGGAGCAGCUCCCAGAAUACAAUCUGAAGCUCUGAGACCUCUCACGCUGCCGCCGGACGGAAACUCCUCAAAACCCACUUCACUAAGUUCUGCUCCAGGUUCUGCAACAGGAACCACAACGUCUCCUCCUGCUUCUCCUGAAACCAGCACCUCCACCAGGAUUACAACCAGAACCUGCUCCAACCAAUCAGAACCCAACCAGAGACGCAAAAUCCAGAAACCAGCAGCAAAUCCAAAACCAGAACCAGGAACCAAACCACGACAGAGCAGACGAGACCAGUAGAAACCAGUAACGGCCGUUGGAAAAGUUUGAUGGGACUGCUGACGACAGCCACAUGCCUCUGAGUGCGGCUGCUGACACCAAACAUGAUCGCCCGCGGCAACAGGCGGUUACUAACGGCAACCCGACAGGCUCUGCUGUUGCCAGGGACGACGACGCGGAUGACCCGUCGCCUGGAAACAGCAUCGUCGUCCGCAUCGGCAUCCCGGACCUGCAGCAGACGAAGUGUUUGCGGUUGGACCCAGAGUUACCAGUCUGGACCAGUAAGCAGAGGGUUCUGGUGACCUUGACUCAGUCUCUGUCGGAUGUUUUGAACUAUGGUCUCUUCCAGCCGGCGUUCAACGGCCGAGCCGGAAAGUUUCUGGACGAGGAGCGGGUGCUGAAGGAGUACCCUCUGCCCCCCAUCACCCCCAUCCCCUACCUGGAGUUCCGUUAUAAGAGGAGAAUUUACACUCAGACCUACGUGGACGAUAAACAGCUGGCCAAGUUACACACCAAGGCCAACCUGAAGCGCUUCAUGGAACAUGUUGCUCAGAAGAACGUGGAGAAACUGUCCAAAUGGCUGGAGAAGGGCCUGGACCCCAACUUCCACGACGCCGACACGGGGGAGUGUCCCCUGACGCUGGCCGUGCAGCUGGAGGACAGCUGUGAGCUGAUCAAAGCCCUUCGCAGCGGGGGGGCUCACCUGGACUUCAGGACCAGGGACGGGAUCACCGCUCUGCACCGAGCCGUCCUCUGCAGGAACAGCGCCGCUCUCACGACGCUGCUCGACCUCGGAGCGUCUCCGGACUACAAGGACAGCAGAGGUCUCACUCCGCUCUACCACUCUGCCAUGGUGGGGGGCGCCCCCUACUGCUGCGAGCUGCUACUGCAGGACCACGCCACCAUCGGGAUGACUGAUGAGAACGGGUGGCAGGAAAUCCACCAGGCAUGUCGCUAUGGUAACGUGCAGCACUUGGAGCACCUGCUGUUCUAUGGCGCUGACAUGAGUUCCCAGAAUGCAUCAGGAAACACCGCACUGCAUCUCUGUGCGCUCUACAACCAGGACAGUUGUGCCCGAGUGUUGUUGUUCAGAGGAGCGAACAAGGACAUCAAGAACUACAACAACCAGACGGCCUUUCAGGUGGCGAUCAUUGCUGGGAACUUUGAUUUGGCAGAAAUCAUUAAAAUCCACAAAACCUCUGAUGUUGUACCCUUCAGAGAAACUCCCUCCUACACCAAACGCCGGCGCGGCGGCAGCAGGACGUCGGCAGGAAACGGGCUCUCAUCUCCACGUUCUCUGAUUCGCUCAGCCAGUGACAAUGCUCUUGAAAGCCCCGCCUCCUCUCCCGGCCCCUCCCUCCAAAGCCUGGAGACUCACCACGACACGCACACACACUCGCUACGACGUCACACACGGCGCCUCAGUCGUCUGUCUGUCUGCAGCCCGAGCGCGGGGGGUCAUGUGGAGGCCAGUCCCCCGCCCUCCCCUCCCCCGACCCCCCAGAUGAGGAAGAGGAGGCUGUACAGCGCCGUGCCGGGUCGCACCUUCAUCGCCACCCGGUCCCACGUCCCUCAGGGGCCCGGCGAGAUCCAGCUGCACCGAGGAGAGAGGGUGAAAGUUCUGUCUAUAGGCGAGGGGGGGUACUGGGAAGGCAGCGUUAAAGGAAGAACUGGUUGGUUUCCUGCUGACUGUGUUGAGGAAGUUCAGAUGAGACAAUACGACCCCAGACUGGAGACGAGGGAGGAUCGCACCAAGAGACUGUUCAGACAUUACACUGUAGGGUCCUAUGACAACUACACCUCCUACAGUGACUACGUGAUCGAGGAGAAGGCGGCCGUGCUGCAGAAGAGGGAGAGCGAGGGAUUCGGCUUUGUCCUCAGAGGAGCUAAAGCUGAGACGCCCAUUGAGGAGUUCGCCCCGACGCCGGCGUUCCCUGCUCUUCAGUACCUGGAGUCAGUCGACCAGGGGGGCGUGGCUUGGAGGGCGGGGCUACGCACUGGAGACUUUCUCAUCGAGGUGAACGGUACGGACGUGGUGAAGGUGGGUCACCGGCAGGUCGUCUCUCUGAUCCGACAGGGAGGAAGUCGCCUGCUGAUGAAAGUCGUGUCUGUUUCCAGGAAAUCAGAAUCCAACAUCAUCAGGAAGAAAGCUCCGCCCCCUCCAAAACGAGCCCCCAGCACCUCGCUCACGCUCCGAUCCAAGUCCAUGACCGCUGACCUGGAGGACAUCGCCAGAAGGAGACGCUACGAUAAACUGGAUGAGAUGUUGGCCAGCGGUCAACAGGAAGUCGUCCUGAGGGCGCGGCCUGCGGACGACUUCAGAGCGGCGACGGUCAAACAGCGACCGACCAGCCGGCGGAUCACACAGGCUGAGAUUAAUUCUCUGUUUGAGCGUCAGGGUCUGGUUCCCCCCUCAGCCCCAGAGAAGAGCACCAUGGCUCUACCCAGAGGAAUGUCCAGAACCAAGAGCUUUGGCACUCCUGAGGACGACCGAGUCUCCGCUCUGAUCAACGAGAGUCGGUUUCCACGGAGCUCCUCGCUGACGGACAGCUUCAUCCCUCCUCCUCCUCAGACUGCUCCUCCCCCUCCUCCCGCCGCCUCCACCACUUCCCCGCUCUUCCUCCUCGACUCUGGACCUCCCCCCUCCUUCCUUCCCCCUCCUCCCCCUGCCCGGGGGGAGGGGCUGACCCGCUCCAGCUUCAAGCCAGGGGCGGAGCCGAGGCUGCAGGAGCUCUCUGACUCUCCGUCGAGAAGCCACUCCCACGCUGAGCGUCAGAGGAAGGCGAGGUCGAUGAUCAUCCUGCAGGACACGCCCCCAUCGCUGCAGCCUGAUGCACACGCCGUCGCCCCCCCGCACGCGCUGCACUCUGCCACACACACCGCCAUACACACCUCCACGCUCUCUCUCCACAGCACCAGCCCUGCCCUCGGCCACUCACCACUGUCACGCCGCAGGGGUCGACCAAUAGAAAACCCUUAUGCUAACGUUGGACAGCAGGCUCCACCCACCAAACCGCAGAGGAGGAAGUCACCUCUGCUGAAACAACUUCCUGUAGAGGAGCAGGGUCUUGGGAUCAGAGAUUAUGAUUUGUCCAAAUUAGACGGAGGCGGUCCCGGCAGCCCCAGCAGGGCGGAGAUGUACCAGCAGCAGGUUCUUUCAGAGCGCGCUCGGGUACAGGGCCGCCGGUCGUCUCUCUUCCUGUCGGUUGAGGGGGCGGGGUCUGAAAACCAGGUGCCACCCCUGUUGACUUUGAGCCAUUCCAUGGACGACCUUGGGGAGCUGCCUCCUCCCGCCCAAGUUCUAUCGCCUUCCCCGACACCUCACACCUUCCUCCACCCACUAACGGGAAAACCUCUCGACCCGUCCUCCCCACUCGCCCUGGCUCUUGCGGCACGAGAACGAGCGCUCACUGCCAGAACCCCGAGUCCUGAGCCUCGAGCUAAACACGCAUCUGCCUCCACGACACCCAUCCCCACCCCAUCCGCAAGCCCAGAGGGCAGACACAAGCGCACCCCUAUCGCCACCCCUCAGGGCAGCCCUGAGCCACGAUCCAAACGCACAACUCCACAGACGAGCCCCGAGCAGCGAACCAAGCGCACCACUCCUCAAACCAGCCCGGAGCUGAGGCAUAAACGCAUAACCCCGCCUCUGUUCCCUGAUGGACAGGUAGAACGUCCAGAGACAGAGGGAGGAGUAACAUCACCUGCUGGCCCAUCUCCUGAACGUUGGAGACCCACCCCCUUGCCACCACUGGCCAGUGAGAGUCACUCAGCUCUGAUUGACAGGCGCAGAAGCCUUACAGUGGGCAGCUCAGAGGAGGAGGGUGGGGCUUACACAGUGACACUCCCACCAGCAUUGUUGUCGUCCAGUGAUGAGGAAACUAGGGAGGAGCUGCGCAGAAUCGGUCUUGUGUCUCCUCCCCCUGCCUUUGCCAGUCCUACUGCUCCUCCUCCCCCAUCCUCACUUACCCUAUUACCACGGCGAGUUGGGGAGGGAGGGGGAGAGGGCGGUCCCGAGGAAGAAGGAAGUGAUGAACGGCUCCAUGACAGCUCCUCGCCCAGUUCACUCCCUCCCUCCAUUACCUUGGCCUCCCCUCCAGCUCCAGCUUCCCCCACCUCCCCACCUGCUACUCACCAAUCUUCCUCAUCUGCCGUCACUUCCCCAUCAGGCCUCAAGCCUCGUCUUCGUUCGCCAAUCGGCCGGGGUCGUUCUGCGCUUCGGGACCCGCUGCAGAAGCAAUCAUCAGACAGUGAGCUUCUCCCCUCCACUGCAUCCUCCUCCCCUUCUUCACCACUCUGUUCCUCCCCCACCAGCCGACAGCCACGCUACCUAUUCCAGAGGAGGUCCAAGCUGUGGGGAGGAGGGGAUGACCGCGGGGAGGAACGCCGUGGCCUCAGCCCAGACGAAGGAGGGGGCCGUCCAGCAGCACUGGGAGGUCAGGGGUCGGGGUCGGUUGUGGAUCUGACCAGUCGUUCGGCAUCAGCAAUGGAGCUGAGUGGCAGGGCAGGUUCUGGACUGGAUCUGGUGAAUCGGCUACAGCUGCUCAACAAAGACAGUCAUUCUCUGGGGGAGGAGCCGAGCCCUCUUGACCCAGGCCGGCGGUCACCAGUAGGAGGUGCCAGAUGUGAGGACAGAGGAGAGAGUAAAUCGUUGUUCUCCAGUCUCGGUGAACUCCACACCAUCUCCCAGCGAGGAUAUGGCGCAAGCUACACAGUGCGACCAGGAAGUCGCUACCCUGUCACCCGCCGGAGCCCCUCCCCCUCUCCUUCCCCCUCUGAUAGGUCGAUAGGGCUCGCCUCCUCCCCAACCCCAUGUUCUGAAAGGCCAGAUCUAAGCUCAGGUCGCGGUUUAACCAUCCUGAAGUCCUCCAGUCUAAGUCUCCCCUCAGAACCAAAGGAGGUUCGCUUUGUGAUGCGAAGCGCCAGCGCACGGACCAGGUCCCGUUCGCCUUCACCUUCCCCCCACGCCUCACCUUGCCCCUCCCCAGUACUUAGUGGCCCCCUGUUGGCCCUGAGGCCAUGGAGGCAGCGGCCCCUCAACCUGUGGAAUAAAUAUGACGUGGGUGACUGGCUGGAGAGCGUGGGUCUAGCCGAACAUCGCCAGCGCUUCCAGGAGCACGAGAUUGAAGGCUCCCAUCUCCCCGCCCUCACCAAAGAGGACUAUGUGGAGCUGGGCGUCACCAGACUGGGGCACCGGAUCAACAUCGAGAGGGCACUGAGACAACUUCUGGAUGGUUCCACUUGACCCCGUAACUGCUGAUCACUAACCUCUAAACAUCUUGAACUGUGACCUCAUAACCCCUGACCUCUGGUCAGACUCUAGGCUAUCUCCUUGACCAUGAAAUCUUAGCAAUGACUGAAUCUUUAAACCUUUUUACCAACGCAGAGCCCAACUCUCUGAAUGAGCUCUGUGACAUUUUGGCUCAUCAGCUGUUUGAUCAACUCUGUGUUGUGAAGGGUGUUAGCAUCAAGGUCUGAGUCCAGAGAGCCGUUCUUUAUUUUGAGAUCAGCUCACACUUAGUGUCCACUGAUCAAACUGUAAAAACCCUAAACUAAAUGUAUUAUGUCUCUAUUUAUAAGCUCAGAAGCCAACGAGGCAGCAGCUGACUCUGGUGCCAUUUUGAUGAAUCAUCAUUUAGUUUAAAGCUACUUUCGUGCUACCUGUUAGCUCUUGAGCUUUUAGCUCGAAAGCAACCGGAGCUAUGAUGUGUUCGUACGACUUUGAGGUAAAAAGAGUUUGAAAAUAUGUCAAACCAGCUGAGAUGGGAGAAGAAUAUUUAAAAGAUUUUUUAGGAGCCUCUUUGCCUUUGAUGACACGUCACAUGAGACAUUAGCGUACGGAACUGUUCACUGAACACCGAGCUGAACGUUCUCAUCAGGUGAAGAUACGUUGAUCAAAAAGCUGAUGUGACAAACUGACGACAGAGUUCAUGAGACAGGUUCUUUCCCUCUUUCCUGAUCACUCACACCUGAUUAGCUGGACUUUUGUUAGCGGAGCUGAUCGAUUAGCGAGUCUCGACCUUAACAACAGGAGAUUCCAUCAGAAGAUACGUCUCCGCACCUUUUAAAAGAAAUCUUCUUGUGUCUUAGCAUUUUUUCUUUUUCCAAAUAUCACUCACAAAGACUAUGUGUUGAUUUUCUGUUUGUAUCUUAAUUCCGAUCAUCUAGAACUUAUGAAUAACAAGUAAUAAUAAUGUGGUGGUGAUGACUUACAGAGUUUUAAUAGUUUGGACAAUAACUUUGAGUUACUUAUGAUUUGACAAUGAGUUGAAUUUCAAGGUCGUUUCGGUGAUGUUUGAGAAUUCAUGAUGAUUUGUCAAUGAGUAUGACUUUGUGCUGAUGUGCUGUGUGUUUCAGGGAGAGCUGCAGCCGAGCUCCAACUGUAAACCUCUCUGGUUUCUAACCUGCUUAUCGAGGGCUUACUGUACAUGGUGCUAUGUGUUAAAAGCCAUCUGUACAGAAAAUACCUUUCUCCUUCCCCUUCUAUACUUUCCUCACUCCGACACCUGAAUCUCUUCGGUUAACCCCUGUAACUCAAGUGAGUAAUUCCUAAAUUAGAUAUGGCAGUACCUGCCGUUACCCCUGUAGUUACAGUAACUUGUUAGAAACAGGCCAAAAAUGGAGUUUCCUCCCUGCCAUAUUGGGGAUUCCUUCCCUGCCAUAUGUGGAGUUUCCUCCAGACCAUAUACAGAGUUCCCCAGAGGCCGUGAAUGGAGAUGUUUUCACUUAGCGCUGCAACGACUGAUCAAUCUCUCGUAAAUAUUGGCAUCACGUUAGACCAUAGACUGUAAAUAAAAAUGGACGACACAUCUGAAGCUCCUCCUAUUCUCCAGAGAUGAAGCCAAAAUAGAGCCAUUUUGCCUCUUAAUGAUGACCAAUCAAUAAUCAGAAUUGUUGCAGAUGAAUUUUUCUUGGCUUGACUAAUUGUUGGAAACAGAUUCUCAGCCUCCGUUUCAGUGUGGUGGUGGUGGGGGGUUGUAAAGGCAUCUGACCGUUCAAGUUCAACAGAAUUAAAAUAGUAAAUUUAUCAUCUAACUAUUGCAGCUCUAAUGUAACGGCUUUUUAAAAAGGAAUUCUCUUUUAAACAUAUUACAGGAAGAUGAUAAAUGUGGAGGAGUUUAGCCUAGCUUAGCACAAAGACUGGAAGCAGAGGGAAACUGCUAGCAUAGCUCAAACUAAAAUGAAAGAAUAACACCUCCCAACAGCAACGUGGUCUCAUUUACAUGUUGUAACUCGUUAUUUAACAAACUGGUCGUCAAACCAGCCGCAGGAAAAAGCUUUGAAGACGACGAACUGCUGCUAAAACCAUCUGUCAUUUUUAUUGUUGUUGUCUUUCUAAACCUGUAAGAUAAACAGGUUACAGCACGUAAAUAAGACAUCUCCGAAGUUGCUGGAAGGUGUUGAAUUUUAAAAAAACGUAUUUGCUUUAUAUCAUUACAAUUAAAAUGUAUUCUCAGUGUUUUACACGAACUCCAAACAACGAUCUUGUGAUGUAACACGUCUCCUCUUGACCUCCGCUAAAGCACAAUCAACGUUUCAGUGCCUGUUUCCACUUUGAACCAAUAAACCGCGUUUAUCCCUCUUGAUUCCGACUUUAGUACCUGAACAUGUGACGCAAUGGCCGCGCCCUUUUAUAGAAUUAAUACCUGCCCAUGGCAGACCAGAGGUGUAGAAUGUAUAGUCCAUGUACAGCACAUCACAGUAGACUAUAUAGUCUCUUGAAUAUAUAUUAUGGUAGAAUAAUGUAGCUAUAGUGUAAUAUAUAAAGUAUAGUAGAAAAUUAAAUUUAUACAGUUAUAAUUUGGUCUUUAUCCGUUUGUGGUAUUCAGACUUUGUAAACACCUACAUAUCAGCUGUUAGCCUGAUGCUAAUAAAAGAUAAGUUUCAAAUCAUCAAAGCUCACAUUCUUGAACAACAUGGCUACGUCCCUGUGUCGUAUGCACGAUGUAUGAGGACAACACGACAUAACACGGCCAAUCAGCCAGCUGUGCGUUCGCCCCUGUGGCCAACUGCAGUAGUACAACAACACAAAAUACUUCCUGUUGACCUCAAUUAUAAAUUACAGUAAAACUGUUAAGGACUCAAAUCUAAUCAAGAUCUAUUCUAACUUUUUGCAUGCUGACUUUUUAAAUGAUGAAGGUUUUAUAUUUGUAAAUGUUUCCCACAGCUCCGACAAGCUGUUUGUAUGUGUGAGACAUUCCAGUGAAAAAGCUGAAGACAACCAGAAGGAGAUUUGAAUUUGCGUGAAAAAACAUUUAGAUUUGAAUGAAUGGGGGACAACUUCCAAACCAGUUCUUAAAACAUCCGGAAUCGCUCCUGACAAUCGUUGUCAACUUAAUCAGCAUAAAUCCACAGACAGACGCAGUUAGUCAGGAGGUGGUGGAGACCAAAACAAGAGCUACAAGAGAGGGAGACAAACUCCACAUGAAUCAGAGUUCAACAUAUCAUCUUCAAAAGUUGAUAUGUCAAUGUUAUGUAACCUUUUAUCGCACCUUCAAAUAAAAUGGAUGCCAUUGACCACACAGUAUAAUAAAAAGAUUCUACGUAUAUUUUGCUGCCUCUAAAAUCUGAAUUUAGUGUGUCCCUGUGGACUGAUUAACCUGCACUGCCCAACAAGCAUUGAAUAUUUAAUUAUUCAUUUAAAUUACGUCUUCUCUACGCUUGACUAUCCAAAUGAAACCAGCUGUUUACACCACAAACAUCUUUUGAACAAACAUUCCUGGUUUCACAGGUAAAGAAAGUGCCUGUUGUGUAGCUGUUUACACUGAGUGAAUAUCACGCUGGACAGAUAUAUGCUGUAUGUCUAUGUAGUAUAUAUCACAAUGGGCUAAAUUUACUGUACAGAGUCAUUUGCGGAACGAGCCGUCGCCUUCUCUGCAACAAUUACAGUAGUUUGGUUUUGGGUCAGUGAGGACAUGUGACCUCAGGUCCCUGCUGUCUGUUGCUCUGUCUAAAUUACAUGAAGGUCUUUGGUUCGAUUCUUCUUACUUCAGGAAACUACUUCCAAUUAACUGAGAAAAAAAGUAAUAUUUCUAUCAACCAGAUAGAAAUUUGAAAAUCAUUAUUAUUAUCCAGUCCUAACGUACUAAUUCCUCAACUUCCUGCAGAUUGGCUGAGAAUCCUGGCUUUUAACUUCUGUGUGAAACCCCCCUCCUCCUGAUUUUUACCUGGUUCUAAUGGUUUUAUGGUUUUAAGGUUACCCCCCUCCCCCCCCCCCCUCCCUUUCUGGCUUCCUCUUUUUAAAGUAUGUUUGUAGUUUCUUUUGGAGUGAGUGGCGUGAGUUGUAUUUUUUUUUUCCUUUUCUAAAAACGAAAUGAGCACACGAUGACAACUGAUGAGCUCUGCAACGCAACAGACUGUAAUCUUUAUAAUAAACUGUCAUUUACUACAAAGUUA